CAUCGAAGCUGCGUCGAAGAAGCUUUCGUUUUUUGACUACGCCGUGUAAUAUUACGCCCAACAUAGUGAGCCGAGAUGGCGUUAGUUGGUUAGCUUUCCAAGGAGCCAAAUGACACAAACUCUUGACUAGCUAGCUAGCCUCUGUGAGGUUCAGGUUAGCUUGGGCUUCGUGGGUUGGUGAUGUGGAAGUGUCACGUUGAACCUUUAACCUUUACAACAGUACUGAGCUACAAUUCACUAUAUAUGGUAUUUUUAAAGGAACCCUCCCUGUACACCGUGAAAGCAAUUCUCAUUCUGGACAACGAUGGAGACAGACUUUAUGCCAAGUAUUAUGAUGACACAUACCCCACAGUGAAGGAACAGAAAGCGUUUGAGAAGAACAUAUUCAACAAAACACACAGGACAGACAGUGAGAUAGCAUUACUGGAAGGCCUCACGGUUGUCUACAAGAGCAACAUUGACCUCUUCUUUUAUGUGAUUGGAAGUUCACAUGAAAAUGAGCUUAUGCUCAUGGCUGUUCUGAACUGCCUUUUUGACUCUCUCAGUCAGAUGUUGAGAAAAAAUGUUGAGCGCAGGGCAUUGUUGGACAAUAUGGAGGGGCUCUUCCUCGCUGUGGAUGAAAUUGUAGAUGGAGGGGUGAUUCUCGAAAGUGACCCUCAGCAAGUUGUUCACCGUGUGGCCCUCAGAGGGGAUGAUGUGCCUUUGACUGAGCAGACCGUUACCCAGGUUCUCCAGUCUGCUAAAGAACAGAUCAAGUGGUCGCUUCUACGGUAGUCGCAGCAGAAGAGCCACUUGCUGCACGGCUCGGUCGUCAUGGCACUGAUCCACAUCCUCCUUUUCCUCUUCUGCAAUCACUGCUGUGAGCUGGCCAAUCUUGUCACACCUCAUUCAACUGUUCUCUCCUUUUUAAAAAUCCUCUCUGUACAGCUCGCUGUGUGGCACGUAGAAUAGCGGGAUCAAUGAAGGUCUACAUUCCCGUAUCUGGGCUGAACUGCUCUCUUUGUAUUUUUUCAUGAUGAAAACCAGCAGAUCUCUCCAUGAUCCUUGUCAACCCAGCUGGUGACAACAUUCCAUGCAUCCCAUUUUGUUCUUAUUAUUCGUUGAUCUUUUGUACUGUAAUGUCAUCACUGGUUACAGGUUUAUUUCAUUUUGCCUUCUUUUGUCAUCAGACAAUUUCAAUAAAAGUUUGUUGAUGCGAGCUAACAUUUUAUUAUCGCAAAUUGUGUAGUUGUUUUGAACAAAACCUCAUUUUAUGCCCAUAAUGAUGUGAGCCAUUAAACUAGAUUGGCACUACCAGA